GAACUUGAUACUGUCAUGCUCUGGGUGGCCUUUACAUUGGCCUUCUUCGGUUUCUUACGAGUUAGCAAAUUUACCUACUCAAGCACAAAGACUUUUCUCGCCGUUAAAAACGUUGCUUUUAAUCCUACCAUCAAAAAUCCCGAAUCUCUACACAUACGCAUAAAGCAAUCCGAUCCGUUUCGCCAAGGAACUACUCUGGCUAUUGCAAAAAGUCACUGGUCAGUGUGUGCUGUCAUCGCCUUACGGGAGUAUCUACUGCAACGAAACCCAACAAACACUGAUGAACCGUUAUUUAUGCUGCAGAACGGUGAACCACUCACCAGAACUAUACUUAGUGCUAAUCUAAGAGAACUCUUGAAUAUUUUAGGCUAUAUAGAAAACGAAUAUGCUCCGCAUAGUUUUAGAAUCGGAGCAGCUACAACUGCUGCGGCAGCGAACUUACCACCAUGGUUAAUUAAAACUCUAGGUCGAUGGCGUUCAGACUGUUACGAACUGUAUAUUCGUACACCAGGAACAAUAAUUAACUCAGUUCCUCAAAAACUAGCUUCAGUACUUAAUCCUUAA